UAGGCGUUAGCAUUCAGUUUGGCUCUUUUUUCUGCAAGGGGGCGCUGCUCUGAAAGACUGUUAGUUUGCGUGUCAACGAAAGUAAAGAAGAAGUUAAGCAAACAUGGCGGCCCGCACACGGCUACCCUUGCUGUUCCCCAGAAACUUGUUUCCUUUCAGAAGCCAAAAGCUUGUUCACACUGAGGUUUCGGUCAAGGAGCCAGCGUACCCUCCAAUAGUCCCCUCUCUAACGGCUAAAAGUAAAUCUGCGCGGCGGCGACAGAUUGAGGAACGGGUGAAGAAGAUAUGCGCCUCCUCCGUGGAGGACAAGCUGUCCCUCAUCACUCGCAUCCAGCGGGAGAAAUUUGUAGUUUACCCUCAGACUUUCGCACGAAACGCGGACAGAUGGUACCAGCACUUCACUAAAACAGCGUACAUCCCGGGCCUGCCCGAGAAAUUCACCCCGGGCUUGGAAAAGCCAGCAGCCGCGGUUCCGGGGAUCGACGAUGAUGCGUUCGCGGACAUACGCUCCUUGGUGACCCGUGUGAUCCUGCAAGAGCAUUGGCAAAUUAGGAAGCGCAAGCCUUUCAUGUACAGACACCAGGAGCAGGUGGUCGGACCUUUUCUGAGGAGCCUAAUGUCUGGACUCACCUACAGUUUGGCUAAAUACAACCCACUGCUGCAGCUGUCCAGUCUGGAUCUCAGUCCCCAGGUGAACUUUUAUUGGAGGAGGGGUCAGAGAAUUAUCCCAAAGGGACAUCGGAGACGCCGGCUUGAGCCAACCAGGUUCCAGAUCGACGACCGCCCACACAGUCAGAUCAGAGUAACCCAACAGUUGCCUCAGUUCAUGCCGCUGGAAGCCUCCUAUGCAGCUGAAGUUCCAGAGAUCACGCUUCCUCCCAAUGUGAUGCCACUGUUCAGAAGGCAGUAUGACAACAACAUCUUCACAGGUGCAAAGCUACCAGACCCAGCGUGCUAUGGUCACACUCAGUUCCAUCUGGUGCCCGACCGAUACCACAGAGACCGGAUGGCUCGGCAGCAGCAGGCUGACCAAGUGGAGGUUUUCCUCAGAGCCAACGCGCUCGCCAGCCUCUUCGCCUGGACAGGAGCUCAGGCCAUGUACCAAGGUUUCUGGAACUACGAGGAUGUCACCAGACCCUUCGUGUCCCAGGCCGUGAUCACAGACGGCCACUUCUUCUCCUUCUUCUGCUACCAGCUCAACACAGUUGCGCUCUCUGUGGAGACUGACGCCGGCAACCCCAGGAAAAACCUCCUGUGGGGCACAGAGAGCCUGCGACUGUACGAGAGCGUGCAGGACGGAGAGGUGGUGGGACUGAACGACGGCGUCGUCAAGCUUCUGGUUCAGUUCUUCAUGAAUCAGCCGUAGUUGGUUUGAAAGGGGGGUGAAAAUCUUUAGGCAGAUUUCACUUAAGAUUUUGUUCUCUAAAGUUUUGAAAGAGCAAGAUAGGAGUAAAGUUUGCCAGUUUGUAUGAAAUGUAAUGUUGAAAAAAGAAGAAUCUGUAUUCCUGUGAAAGUAAGUACUGAAAAAAUACUGUGUACACAUCCCUGAUUAUUACAGAGGCCUGAAAGAUCACAAUGGAAAUUUGUGUGUGUGUUGGUUAUAAUACACUGAGAGUUAAGGGAAACAUAGGAAGGAGCAAUAAUUUAACAAAUAUCUGGAGCCUCUUGGGCGAAUCUGUUGUGUGAAUACAUAUUUCUGACGACCGUCAUCUCAUCCUGGGCUGCUUCUGCGACAGACGUGUUGGUGGCACACAACAAGAGUUCAAAAAUAUAGUAGCUUCAACACGUUUAAGUAAAUUCAUUAACUCCAGCCACACUUAGCAUGUCUCACACAGGCUGAUGAACGAGCUGCUCUAGUUUUCUUUCUAAAUGCAGUGAUACAGAUUUGUGCCUGAGAGUCGCAGCUGAGGGUGUGUCGCCCCUCGCUGUGGUCACAGCUACAACGGUCUACGUGAUUGUGUCAUGGUGCAGCUUAGCUUUUCUCCGUGGGGAAGAGGAAGUGUAAAAGUUAUUCAGGAAAAAAAAAACAUCCACUGUAUUUAUAGAAAAAAUAAUAAAUGGCAGAAUUUCAGAACUGA